ACCUGCAAGCAAUUGUUCAGCUCAAAGUUCAGCACUUGCCCCUCUGCAUACAAACUUCAGCAAGAGGAACAGAAGUGGUCAGAAAAGAAGAAGAGAUGUCUGCUCUGUCCACAACUUCCACCUGGACCUGGGAGCAUUUCAUUUAACUACCAACAGGUCCUGACUGCAACCAUGUGGUUCUACCUAGCUGUCCUAUUGGGGCUUUACUUCCUCCGCCGAUGGUACCGAGAGGGACAGAGUGUGGAGAACCUCAGAGAGAAAUACGUCUUCAUCACUGGCUGUGACUCUGGCUUUGGGAACAAGCUUGCCAGGCAGCUGGAUGCCCUGGGCUUUCGGGUAUUGGCAGCCUGUUACACUCAGAAAGGGGCAGAAGAGUUGGAGAGAUUGUCAUCUGAUCGACUGAAAACCACCAUUUUAGAUAUCAGCAGCAAAGAGAGUGUUGUGGCAGCAACUGAGUGGGUGAAAGGAAUUGUGAGGAGCAAAGGGCUCUGGGGCUUGGUCAACAAUGCUGCUAUAGGUUUACCUAUGGCACCAAUUGGAUGGCUGACCAAGGACAACUUUGCAAAUGUGAUAGGCGUAAACUUGCUUGGACUGAUUGAUGUAACACUGCACAUGCUGCCACUGGUGAGAGCAGCCAGAGGGAGGAUCGUCAAUGUGUCCAGUGCAGUGGGAAGACUGGCAUGCUUUGGAGGAGGUUACUGUCCCUCCAAGUUUGGUGUGGAAGCCUUCUCUGACAGUUUGAGGCGAGAGCUCCUUCCUUUUGGAGUCAAAGUCAGCAUUAUUGAGCCUGGCGGUUUCGCUACUAAUCCCAACAUGUACACGAUAGAAGAAACCCUAAGAAGUACAUGGAACCAGGUACCUUCUGACAUCAAAGAUGCAUAUGGACAGCAAUACUUUGAGUACUACCAUAAAGCAUUCCAAGAUCUCAUUAAAACACUCAGCAAGGACCUCUACCUGGUCACUGACUGCAUGGAACAUGCCCUUACAUCCUGUUACCCUCGCACCCGCUACAGUCCAGGCUGGGAUGCAAAGCUCUUCUACAUUCCUCUUUCUUACAUGCCAACCUUAGUGGCAGAUUUUGUCUUGGCCCGCUUUGCCCCAAAGCCAGCACAGGCAGUGUAGAUGCUGUGGUCAUCCAAACCAUCCAACAGGCUAUCUGAAUGGGACCCAAUUGCAGUUGUAUCCUACAGCAUUUUUACAUGUGGCUUUAGUUACUGGAUAUCUAUUACGAAAACUGAGGGACUGAGCAGACUGCCCCUAAGAAGCACUGGAUUGGGGAUGCAUGUCAUGCUCCCGACCCGGCGGUUCCACGGCAGAAAAAGAAGCCACAAAAAGUGGCUCCUUUUUGCACUGUGGAAAGGGUGCACUAGCCACCACCGCAGCUAUUCCACAGCUCUUUGGCACAGCACAUGUAAACACUGCUCCAAAUACAUGGUGUGUGAUCCCUCCCACUGUGCGUUAUUUUAGGCCCUGAGUUAUUUUUCAUUGAUUCAGCACAAUUGACUCAUAAAUGUAAGCUGCGGUUCUUCACUGACUACAGCAUGGCUGACUUCUGUGUAAACCUUAAGUUGCUUUUUAGCUCAAACUACCAAAAUGGACUUGCCAUGGCUAGGUUGGUUGGGAGAGUCUAUCAAUCAAAAAAGUAACUUUCCAAGCUGUAGGUGAGACAUGGGUAGGAUGGGAUUCUUAGUUCCCCCUCCUGUUCUUUAAUUAUCUACUCUAAUUGGAGUCUUAUAGGAGUCAAAAGCGCCAUCAGUAUUGUGCUGCAAGUCAAGAGGAAGUGUUUGUCUUCAAUAGAGUUCAUCUUACUUGGAAGUCAGUCCCUCUGUAUUCAAGACAAUUUACUCCUAGGAAAUACAUGUCGGAUUACAGCCAGGCAGACCAGUCCUGGGAUGGGUCUUAUGUGUGGGGAUCAUCAUUACCAUAUUGGUGUGUUGGUCUGAGUGUUUUAAUUCCACAAAAGUUGGAUCAAUAGUCUAAAAUGCUGAAAGCAUAGGGUAGUUUCCCUCCAAAUCAUAUAUAUUCCUCCCAAUACUAGAGAAUAUGUAUAUGUCAAUUGCAGAGGAACAUGAGUUGGGAGGGUGCUGCUCUUCUGUUGUUCCCCUUUACAGUGCUUACAUUACAUCUCUUGUGGGUUGGGAUAUGUCAUCUUACAUUUUGUAAAGCAAUAUUCACAGUCAUAGUGCUGUAUGAUUCUUGCUUUUGGGAUCAUGGGGGUUGAGUUUUCCAUAAAAUAUAAUAAAAAUGACACAAAAUUGAA